AGGAACUUUUGGGUUGUUACCAUAUUGUUACUGGAUACAAAAUGAUCGCCAAUACGAAUGUUAAAGUUUUUGCUCGUAUCAGACCUACUUCAAAGUUUGCGUCUGAAGCAAUCGAAAUACAUUCGGAUAACAAAUCACUCACAAUUCGCACUAAAAAAGAUAAUCGGCGAGGUUAUAUCAAUAAUCAGAUUUUAGAUUGGACCUUUGAAACUGAUCAUGUACUACACAACAUCAGUCAGUCGGAAGUAUUCAAAUUGUGCGCAGAAGAUUCUGUUAUAAAAUCCUUGGAUGGUUUCAAUUCGACCAUUAUUGCGUAUGGUGAAACAGGGGCUGGUAAAAGUUUUACAAUGUGCGGUUCUUGUGAGAAUUUUAAACAGCGAGGUAUUAUCCCAAGAGCCAUUUCUAAAAUCUUCUCUGAAAUUUCUUCCCGAAAAGAGCUGUCAAUAUGGCUCAGGAUUUCAUAUCUUGAAAUAUACAAUGAGACAUUGCAUGAUCUGCUGACAACAAUUCCUGGCGUGUCUGUCGUUAAUCAUCAUCCACUUACAGUCACGGAGCUUGAAGGUUCAGGUUGUCGAGUUAAAGGUUUGUCUCAACACGUCGCUAACACUGAAGAGGAAGCGUUGAAUCUGUUUUUUGAGGGUGAAAUGAACCGCAUUGUUGCAAGCCACACUCUUAACCAGAACUCGUCAAGAUCUCAUUGCAUAUUUACGAUCUACGUUGAGACACGAUCAAGAGUAGUUUCACAUGCAAAAUAUACUGUUUCCAAGAUCAAUUUAGUUGAUCUAGCUGGUUCUGAACGCAUUGACAAAAUUGAAGUCCAGACUACAGCUCAAAAAGAAGCAAUGUUUCUGAACAAGUCGCUGACAUUUUUGGAGCAAGUAGUGAUUGCUUUGGGUGAGAAAAACAGCGAUUACAUACCAUAUCGUCAGAGUAAACUAACGCAUCUACUUAGUGACGCUAUUGGUGGUCGAAAUGAUACGAUCCUUAUUGCAAACCUUUGGGGAGAGGAAAGUCGAAUUGAGGAGACGCUUUCAACCUUACGUUUUGCUGCAAGAAUGCGAAGAGUACUUUGUGAACCUGCUGUAAACGAAGUGAUUGAUCCAGUUAAACAAUGUCAGCGUUAUAAAGAAGAAAUAAAAUUUCUGAAAAGAGAGCUAGCCAUGCAUGAUACAUUGACAAACAGAGGUCAGGUUGUUUAUGAACCACUCUCCCAGACUCAAUUAAUUGAACUGAAAAAACAGAUUGAAAGAUAUAUUGCAAGAGAUAUCACAGAAUUGGAAAUCGUUAACUUGAGGCAAAUCAAAGAAAUGGUUGCGAUAUUUCGAAACAUAGUCGAAAAUGUCGAAAAAGAAACUGAAAAAAAGCUCCGGGAAAAGUUCAUUUUCAAAGAAAAAAAGCAAGAGAAAAAUCUGGUUACAAAUGAAACAAAAAUUACAGCAACAAACAAUCAAGACACAAAGUUAGUUGGCGAAUCAGAUAAUAAAGGAUUCGGAUUGGGAGUGGCUUCAUUCCCGUCGAAAGCAAAUGCAACGUCUUUAUUAGCGACGAGAGGAAAAAUAAAAAGUCGUAGAGGAAAAGAUCCAGUUGAUCCAACAGAGACAAGGCGGGUUGAGACGCAAGGAUUAGAUGAAGGAAAAAGUACUGCAACAUCUGCAACAAAAGAGCAACGACGCGACAGUCUUAGACCAACAACCCCGCCAACAAAAGCAGAGGCAUUUCAGGAUUUUAAACAAGAGCGAGGAAGCGAGAUCAACAGAAUACUUCAUGAAAACAAAGAAAUACUGCGGGAAAAGAAGAAAAUCGCGCGAGAAUUGUCCCUCAAACUCAAUGCAACUAAGUUGGAGGUGGACGUUGUCGGGAAAAAUCUUCGUGAAAAACGCUUACAACGUAAAGAGAUGGGUGGAUCUAUAUUGCCGGAAAUGGAAACGGAGGUUAUUGAUGAGGAGGAAUUCGAGUAUUUACAGAAAUUUCAGGAGUUAAAGAAACAAUAUGAAAAUGACUUUGACGAGUUACGUAAUGUAAGAUCUGAUGUUCAAUUCUGCGAAAAACUUGUAGCUCAAUGUCGUGAAAAGCUUUUGACAGAGUUUGAUAUUUGGUAUGCAGAGAGCUAUGUGGGCGAGGAGAAUGGAACUAGUGUCGAUAUUGACAUUUUAGAAACUAAGUCACGCAAGAGCAAUACUAACGAAGAUGAGCAAGAAAACUUUGAUCGGUUGCAACUUGAAUACCUAAUGGAUGAACCAGAAUCCAUUGCAUAUUAUAAUGCUCAAAUGCAAACACAGCGAAGAGCAUAUUACACCGAAGCGGGUAGACAACGUCAAAAACCUCUUGUUAUCAAACGAAGAAAAAAUGAGCCACCAGGGAUGUUAUCUACUGUUUAGAAAAAUUCAAACAUAUGAAUCGAGUAUUUUUAAAAAGUCUGUAGCUUUUGUCUUUUGAAUUAUUCUUUAUUACGUAAACUUCUAUUGAUAAAAAACAGGACGAGUAACGUUUGAAAAUCAAAAAAACCUCCUUAAUCAAAAUUUGAGCAUUCGCUCCGUGGUUAGUUUUGUGGCUUGUUGUUUCUUGUCAAAUUAAACAAAGGUGGAGCUUGAAGUUCUGCAUCCAUUGUCACUGGUGCAACAUUCACCAAACGAUAGUGAAGCAAACCAUCAAGCCACGCAAAAAUCUUGGAGAAAAAAUACGUACAAAUAUAUUUAAUAAAGAUACAUACAAAUAUAUUUAAUAAAGAUACAUACAAAUAUGUUUCAAAAGUUACGAAGUAAAAAAGCAAGAUGAAACCUA